AUGGAUUCUGUACCACGGCUGAUCAGCGUUUUCACUUUGAUGUUCUCCGGCUUGUGGCAUUUAGGAUUAACAGCGACAAAUUACAACUGUGAUGACCCAUUAGCAUCCCUGCUCUCUCCAACGGCUUUUUCCAGUUCCUCAGACCUCACUGGUACUCAUAGCCCAGCUCAACUCAACCGAAGAGUUGGAACUGGCGGUUGGUCCCCAGUAGAUUCCAAUGCUCAACAGUGGCUCCAGAUGGACCUGGGAAACAGAGUGGAGAUUACAGCAGUGGCCACGCAGGGAAGAUAUGGAAGCUCUGACUGGGUGACGAGUUACAGCCUGAUGUUCAGUGAUACAGGAUACAACUGGAAACAGUAUCAGAAAGAAGACAGCAUCUGGACAUUUGCAGGAAACGUGAAUGCAGACAGUGUGAUGCACCACAAGUUACCGCACUCUGUGAGAACACGGUUUGUUCGUUUUGUGCCCCAGGAAUGGAAUCCAAGUGGAAAGAUUGGCAUGAGGGUUGAGGUCUACGGAUGCUCCUAUAAAUCAGACAUUGCUGACUUUGAUGGCCGAAGUUCCCUUUUGUACAGGUUCAAUCAAAAACUAAUGAGCACUCUCAAAGAUGUGAUCUCUCUGAAGUUCAAGAGCAUCCAAGGAGAUGGAGUUCUGUUUCACGGAGAAGGUCAGCGUGGUGACCACAUCACCCUGGAGCUCCAGAAGGGGAGGCUCGCCCUGCAUCUCAACUUGGUUGAUAGCAAACCUCGGUUCACCAACAGCCCACCCUUGGCCACCCUGGGCAGCCUCCUGGAUGACCAGCACUGGCACUCUGUCCUCAUCGAGCGGGUUGGCAAGCAGGUGAACUUCACCGUGGACAAGUACACGCAGCACUUCCGGACCAAGGGAGAGGCGGAUGCCUUAGACAUAGACUACGAGCUUAGUUUUGGAGGAAUUCCAGUACCAGGAAAACCUGGGACAUUUUUAAAGAAAAACUUUCACGGAUGUAUGGAAAACCUUUACUACAAUGGAAUAAACAUAAUUGACCUGGCUAAAAGACGAAAGCAUCAGAUUUAUAUUGGCAAUGUCACUUUUUCCUGCUCCGAACCACAAAUUGUUCCCAUCACAUUUGUCAACUCCAGCAGCAGUUAUUUGCUGCUGCCUGGCACCCCCCAAAUUGAUGGGCUCUCAGUGGGUUUCCAGUUUCGAACAUGGAACAAGGAUGGUCUGCUUCUGUCCACAGAGCUGUCUGAGGGCUCGGGGACUCUGCUGCUGAGCCUAGAGGGCGGGACCCUGAGACUCCUGAUUCAGAAAACGACAGAACGGACAGCUGAAAUCCUCACAGGCAGCAACUUGAAUGACGGCUUGUGGCAUUCAGUCAGCAUCAACGCUAGACGGAACCGCAUCACUCUCACCCUGGAUAAUGAUGCAGCAUCCCCGACUCAGGACACCACCCGGAUACAGAUUUAUUCUGGAAAUAGCUACUACUUUGGAGGGUGCCCUGACAAUCUCACCGCUUCCCAAUGCUUAAAUCCCAUUAAGGCUUUCCAAGGCUGCAUGAGGCUCAUCUUUAUUGAUAACCAGCCCAAGGACCUCAUUUCAGUUCAGCAAGGUUCCCUGGGGAAUUUUAGUGAUUUACACAUUGAUCUGUGUAGCAUCAAAGACAGGUGUUUGCCUAACUACUGUGAACAUGGUGGAAGCUGCUCCCAGUCCUGGACCACCUUCUAUUGCAACUGCAGUGACACAGGUUACAUUGGCACCACCUGCCAUCACUCCCUCUAUGAGCGAUCCUGCGAGGUAUACAGGCACCAAGGGAACACGGCUGGUUUCUUUUACAUCGACCCGGAUGGCAGUGGGCCGUUGGGACCUCUCCAAGUGUACUGCAAUGUCACAGAAGACAAGAUCUGGACAUCAGUGCAGCACAACAACACAGAGCUGACCCGUGUGCGAGGUGCCAGCCCUGAGAAGCCCUACUCCAUGGCCUUGGACUAUGGGGGCAGCAUGGAGCAGCUGGAGGCCGUGAUUGACAACUCAGAGCACUGUGAGCAGGAGGUAGCCUACCACUGCAGGAGAUCCCGCCUGCUCAACACACCAGAUGGAGUACCAUUUACCUGGUGGAUUGGGCGGUCCAAGGAAAGGCAUUCUUACUGGGGAAGUGUUCCUCCUGGAGUUCAGCAAUGUGAAUGUGGCCUGGAUGAGAUUUGCCUGGACAUUCAGCACUUUUGCAAUUGUGACGCCGACAAGGAUGAAUGGACAAAUGAUACCGGCUUUCUUUCAUUCAAAGACCACUUGCCUGUCACUCAGAUAGUUAUCACUGAUACUAACAGAUCAAACUCAGAAGCUGCUUGGAGAAUUGGUCCAUUGCGUUGCUAUGGUGACCGACACUUCUGGAAUGCAGUCUCAUUUUAUACAGAAGCCUCUUACCUCCACUUUCCUACCUUCCAUGCAGAAUUCAGUGCUGAUAUUUCCUUCUUUUUUAAAACCAUGGCUUUAUCUGGAGUUUUCCUAGAAAACCUUGGCAUUACAGACUUCAUCCGACUUGAAAUAAGCUCUCCUUCCGAGAUCACUUUUGCCAUUGAUGUUGGCAAUGGCCCUAUAGAGCUCGUCGUCCGGUCUCCUUCUCUUCUGAAUGACAACCAAUGGCAUUAUGUUCAGGCUGAGAGGAACCUCAAGGUGACCUCACUACAAGUGGACAGCCUCCCAAAGAUGACCAGGGAGACUUUGGAGGAGGGCCAUUUCCGAUUACAGCUAAACAGCCAAUUGUUUGUAGGGGGAACAUCAUCAAAACAGAAAGGCUUCCUGGGAUGCAUACGCUCCUUACACUUGAAUGGGCAGAAACUGGACCUGGAGGAGAGAGCAAAAGUUACUUCUGGAGUCCGGCCAGGAUGCCCCGGCCAUUGCAGUAGUUACGGCAGCAUCUGCAACAACGGGGGCAAGUGUGUGGAGAAGCGCAGUGGAUACUUAUGUGAUUGCACCAAUUCACCAUAUGAAGGGCCCUUUUGCAAAAAAGAGGUUUCUGCUCUCUUUGAGGCUGGCACUUCGGUUACUUACAUGUUUCAAGAACCCUAUCCAGUAACCAAGAAUAUAAGCCUGUCAUCCUCAGCAAUUUACACAGAGUCAGCUCCAUCUAAGGAAAACAUUGCAUUUAGUUUUGCGACAGCCCAGACACCCAGCCUCUUGCUCUAUAUCAAUUCUUCUUCUCAGGACUUCCUGGCUGUCCUGCUUUGCAAGAAUGGAAGUUUACAAGUUCACUAUCAGCUGAGCAAGGAAGAAUCCCAUGUAUUCACCAUUGAGGUAGAGAACUUUGCCAACAGAAGGAUGCAUCACUUGAAGAUUAACCGAGAGGGAAGAGAGCUUACAAUUCAGAUGGAUCAUCAACUUCGACUCAGUUAUAACUUCUCCCCAGAAGUGGAGUUCAAGGCUAUAAGGUCACUCACCUUGGGUAAAGUCACAGAGAAUCUUGGACUGGAUCCUGAAGUUGCUAAAGCAAACACUCUAGGUUUUGUUGGAUGCCUGUCUUCAGUCCAGUACAACCAUAUAGCACCACUGAAGGCAGCUCUGCGUCAUGCGGCCAUCGCUCCUGUAACUAUCCAAGGAACCUUGAUAGAAUCCACUUGUAGCUCUAUAAUGGAUUCGGAUGUCAAUGCAGUGACUACAGUGCAUUCUUCAUCAGAUCCCUUUGGGAAGACAGAUGAGCGGGAACCACUCACCAAUGCAGUCCGAAGUGACUCGGCCGUCAUUGGAGGAGUGAUCGCAGUGGUGAUAUUCAUCACCUUCUCCAUCAUCGGCAUCAUGACCCGAUUCCUUUACCAGCAUAAGCAGUCUCCUCGUACUAACCAGAUCAAGGAGAAAGAAUACCCAGAAAAUUUGGACAGUUCUUUUAGAAAUGAUAUUGACUUGCAAAACACAGUAAGCGAGUGUAAGCGGGAAUAUUUCAUCUGA